ACCCAGCAGAGAGCAGAACCACAACUGACAUCAUGCUGGGCUCCUUGGUCCUGGUUUGGGUUUUCAUCUUUCUCCUCUUCCUCUUCAUCAGGACCCAGAGGCCCAAGAACUUUCCUCCUGGACCCCGACCUUUGCCCCUAUUCGGGAACUUGUUUCAGCUGAACAUCACCAAUCCUCUGAAAGACUUUGAGAAGUUGGCUGAGCGCUAUGGGAAUGUUUACAGCCUGUAUAUUGGAGGAACACCAGCAGUGGUUCUUACUGGGCUAAAGGCUUUGAAGGAAGCUUUUGUGAACAAGGCUGCAGACUUUUCAGGAAGGCCACAAAAUCUCCUAAUCAGUCACGCAGCGGAAGGGAAAGGUAUUGUGCUUCUUGAUUAUGGUCCUGCAUGGAAGGAGCAUCGGCGCUUUGCCCUCAUGACCCUGAGGAACUUUGGCAUGGGGAAGCAGUCAAUGGAGGACAGGAUUCUGGGAGAGACUGAACAUCUCGUGAAACGCUUGGAAAGAACUGCUGGGGGCUUCCUGAAUCCUCAGACUUUGUUCCAUGAUGCUGCAUCAAAUAUCAUCUAUAUGGUGUUAUUUGGAAUUCGCUACGAUUACGGAGAUGAAACUCUUAAACAGUAUGUUAGCCUCUUCACUGAACUUGCAAAAACCACCAAUGGACCCUGGGGAAUGAUAUAUGAUACGCUUCCUAUUUUGAGAGCCCUGCCCCUUCCUUUUAGGAAGGUUAUCACAAACUUUAAAGUACUCAAAAAAAUGAUAGCAAGUAUGAUCAGCAAACACAAGACAUCAAGAGUCCCAGGAGAACCAGAAAACUUUGUCGACUGCUAUCUGGAUGAGCUUGAUAAGAGAGGAGAUGAUGGGUCUUUCAAUGAAGAGCAGCUUGCAAGAUGCGUUGUGGACUUGCAUGGUGCUGGGACAGAUACCACCUCUAACACCCUCCUAACAGCGUUCCUCUACCUCAUAACACAUCCAGACAUCCAGGGUGUGCACUAUGAGCUUUCUACUGCAUUUGAUCAUACGAUUUGUUUGAUAGAUUUACUAGAGACAGUAAUUGCUUCACAUGCCUGCUCUGUCGGCUUUCUAGAAAGAUGUCAGAAGGAGAUUGAUGAGGUUCUGGAGGGUAAAGCUCAUGCAUCUUUUGAGGACAGACACAAGAUGCCGUACAUACAGGCUGUGAUCCAUGAGUGUCAGCGUAUCGCCAAUACUGCCCCUCUGGGUGUGUUUCACUGCACCAGCAGAGAUACUGAACUGAUGGGCUACAGCAUCCCAAAGGAUACUGUAAUCAUCCCGAACCUCGCCUCAGUGCUGAGUGAGGACGGUCAGUGGAAGUUUCCUCAUGAGUUCAAUCCAGCUAACUUCCUGAAUGAGCAGGGACAGUUUGAGAAGCCGGAGGCCUUCCUGCCCUUUUCUACUGGGCCUCGUAUGUGCAUCGGUGAAGGUCUGGCUCGCAUGGAGCUCUUCCUCAUCUUGGUCACUCUGCUGCGUCGAUUCCAGUUUUUCUGGCCUAAAGAUGCAGGAGAACCAGACUUCACUCCUGUAUAUGGAAUCACACUCACACCCAAGCCAUACAGGAUGGGAAUCAGACUGAGAUAGACAGCUAGAGAAACAUAGAACAUGAUUCUAAAUAUUAAUAUACUUGUGGAAUUAUAAUAUUUAUAAUGAUUCUCUAUACAACCCCAAUUCCAAUGAAGUAGGGACGUUGUGUAA